UCCAUCGAACAGAUGACGUGUUACAGCGGGUCCUUGCUUCUUCCGGUUCCGUGUAAACAGUGUUCGGUCCUGUUAUACAAAUCAGAAAAAUGUCGAAAGUAACGUUUAAAAUCACGCUGACGUCGGACCCUCGGUUACCAUAUAAAGUAUUAAGUGUACCUGAGAGCACACCAUUCACAGCAGUUUUGAAAUUUGCAGCGGAAGAGUUUAAGGUGCCAGCAGCCACCAGUGCCAUCAUUACAAACGAUGGCAUCGGAAUCAACCCGGCACAGACAGCAGGAAAUGUGUUCUUGAAGCAUGGCUCGGAGCUACGAAUUAUUCCCAGAGAUCGGGUCGGAGGAGGCCGCAAGCCCAGGAUGUGACUAUCCAGUAAUUUUCUGUCACAGAUGAUGAACAUGCUUAUUUAUUGUCCAGCCUUGAGGUGUCAGCUCUCGCAGGCACUGAUGCGGCUCCAAAUCUGUCAGAGGACAUCAAAAAUCUCACAGAGCUGCUGUCACAGACCCCUUUUCAAAGAUAUACACUCGCAGGAUGUUGUUGAUUUCUUGUGCCCCAAAAUUUCUAACCACUAUGUAUUGAUCUUUGAUCUUUCACAGAAUAUUCCAUCUCUCUUUUUUAAGAUCAAACACUUAGUGUGUUCAUAAAGCAUAGUUUUACCUGCCUUAAAUACAUAGUGUCUACGUAAAGUCCAAUUCAAUGUUUAAAUACGGUUAAAAAAUAUUUAUAUGAUUCUCAUUUUC